GUGGUGGGGUGACUCGUAGGCGUACCAACGACAACGUGCUGUGCAGCAGCAGCAGCAGCGCGACCGUCCACCGCGGCCCGAGCCGUUCAUUCGCGACCGUACCGCCGUCAUGUGCAGCAGGCCCACGGACGAAGGCUCGGAGCCCGGCACCGACUCGUCGCAGGCCAACUUCAACCGGUACCGGUUGCAUCUGUACAACUACGCGCUGCAGGCCGAACGGCUCCGGCUGUCGGCCGUCGGCGGUGGAUGGGGCGCCGUAUGCCCCGUGUACCCGGGCUCGACCACCGCCGGCGUUUACCCGCCCCGGUUCCCGGUGGCCCUGUUCCAUCCGGGCGUCGGCGCCGGCGGCCAGAACGCGGACGAGCCCAAGCCUCAGCACAGCUACAUCGGGCUGAUCGCCAUGGCCAUACUGGGCUCGGCUGAGGGCAAGCUCGUGCUGUCCGACAUCUACCAGUACAUACUGGACAAUUACCCGUACUUCCGGACCCGGGGCCCUGGUUGGCGGAACUCGAUCCGGCACAACUUGUCGCUCAACGACUGUUUCGUCAAGGCCGGCCGCAGUGCCAACGGCAAAGGUCACUAUUGGGCCAUACACCCGGCCAACGUGGACGACUUCAAGAAAGGUGACUUCCGGCGCCGUAAAGCGCAGCGCAAAGUGCGCCGGCACAUGGGCCUGGCCGUGGACGACGAUGGUAACGACUCGCCCAGUCCGCCGCCUCCACCGCCUCCGCCACCGCCGCCGUCGGCGCAACAGCAGCAUCAGCAGCAGCACGUGCAGCCGUCCAUGGUGGCCGCGGUGGCCCUGCAAUCGUCGGCGAUGUGGCCGCAGCCCACGCCGACCGGUCAUCCACCGCCUUUCUAUUUCCAACCGGUCGCUCCACAACCGAUCCAACUGCAGCAGUCCGCCCUCCUGGCACCGGCUAGGGCGCACAAGCGACAGUUCGACGUGGCCUCGCUGCUCGCGCCCGACCCGCCGAAAAGGCUUCACCACCGGAGCGACCCGAUGAUGAUGAUGGCCACGACCGCCGCGUCCGUAACGGGGGCCGGCAGUACCGACGACGAGGAAGAGAUGACGUGCCGGGACGGCAGCAGUAGUGUCGGCGGCGGUGCCCCGGGCUGGGAACCGGUGGGACUACUGCAACGGUACUACGAACAGCAGUUGCAGGCCGCGCACCGGUUGCACGCUUUCCGCCAGUCGCUGGGCCUGCAGAGGAUGAUCGGCGGAAGUGGCCCAUGGCCCGCCGUCAUCGUGGACCGGAACCAGACGCCCACGCCGCCACCGCAGCCGUACACGACAACCACCACACCGGACGAUCAUAUCAAAACCGAACUAGUCGACUGAGGUAAACGAGUGCGUUUUCCGAUAUUAUUAUUAUAGUAAUAAUAAUAAUAAUAAAUUAUAUUAGAGUAUCUCCUUUAUUGUUUUUUAAUUCGAUGCGGAUAAUAUCUCCCGUUUAUUCGAUUAUCUCGACAAAUGUAGUGCGUAUUACAUUGUGCAGUGGAUCCGCGUAAAAAACUUCGUUUCUCUUAGUGUACAUGCAACAUUAUUACUUGUAAUACCGUGUGUGUCUUUCGACACUUAACUCCUUAAUUAUAAUAGCUAGGUUUCAGUUAAACAUCGUAAUCGUAGAUUAACGUGCAAAUUUGCGAAUAUUUCUAUUUCCUUUCUCCGACAAUUCUUCACGAACACAAAGAGAAUUAGAAAUAUCCUUGCGUAUAUUCUACCGAUAUCGUCCAAUA